CUGAUUUUCUAAUUUCGGUAUUCUGUGAAAUUACAAUUGUUGUCAAAACUCAAAAUGUUACUUUAAAGUAUAACUCUAAUCUUUUAUAUUCAAACUUAUGAUCCAUUAUCAACAUUGCUGAUUUAACGCAUUAAAAUAAAGACCCAGUUUUUAAAAUCCUUUUAAAAUGGAUACGGUUGUUAAAAGUAUGUUAGAAGAAGAUGCUGAGGAAGAAAAACAGGGCUUAGUAUUGUUUGGAAGAGAUCUUUCAAAGAUACCUUGUUUUCGAGAAAGCUUUUUUUAUGGAAUAGUAUCAGGAGUUGGUGUAGGAUUUGGAUCAUUUAUGAAAACAUCUAAACCCAUGUUAUCACAGCAUAUUGGAUUUGGCACCUUUACUAUGACCACACUUAUAUACUGGUCAUAUUGUAGAUGGCAGUGGUCUAAACAGAGAUUUGAUGCAGAAUUACUACAAGAAGCUGUUAAAAAUAAAAUUAAAUAUGAAGGAACAAUUGUUGAAAAGGAAUUAGAAAGUAAAGGUAUUCUUAAAUCAGCAUAACAAUGAUUUGUCACAAUAUAUUAUAUAUUUCUGUUGUGUUGUUGCAUGUUGCAAGUGACAUACUUUUAUGAUUUAAAUUCAUUUUGAAUUAUGUAUUUGAAACAUCGAAAAUACAAUACAACAAAUGUAUUGUAUAAUUUAAAUAACCAUCUUGCCUUUUGUAUAAUUUCAUUAUAGGCAUAAGUUUAAGGCAUAAAAACUAACAUUUGAAUUUAGUUCAGGUUCUUGUAGUGUUACAUAUUUGUAGAUAUAUGAUUUUAAGGAAAAUCAAAUAUAUUAUGUAUUUUCAGUAGACUAGUUUAAUGUACUGAUAGUAAUUAUUAGAA